AAUCUCUCACUUCUGUUGUCUCUGUCUGAAUUUAUUUAUCCAACUCCUUCAACUUCAUCGAUCUUGUUCGACAAAUGCUAGUUUUCUCUCGCUCUUUCAGAAUUCCUCUAAACACAAGCAGUUGUUCAGUAUCUCUGUUUGAAUCACUUGAUAUCAAACCUCUUCUUGUUUAAAAGCGGCUUGUAGGGGGUAUAUGGAAGAAAGGGAAACGGGAAAACAAGAGGCAGUGGCAUCUGUAAGGGAAAUUUUUGGCCUUUCCGGACCUUUAUACCUCACUGCUGUUGAUUGGGAAAAUUCACAUCACCGAAGAUCAGUUGCUGCAAGCUUGGUUCAAGGAGUGUACAUUCUAGAACGCGACCGCCAACAGAAGCGCCAAGGGCAUCAAUCUCAUGCUUCUCCAUGGUGGAACUUCUUCCACUUUCAAUUAAUUAGUCCACUUAUAGAUGAUGUUGAUUUCUCAAUCUUUGGUGCGAUUUAUGGAUAUAAUUCAUCUGUUUUUGAACAUAAUGCCCCAAAAUAUGUUAUUGCCUUCCGGGGUACACUAAACAAGCCAGAUUCCAGAUUAAGAGAUCUUAAGCUAGACAUCCAGGCCAUCCGCAGCAAACUUCAUCAAAGCUCCCGCUUUCAGCUUGCAAUGCAGGCCGUCCAGGAUUUAGUUGCGGUAGUAGGAACAGCUAAUAUUUGGUUAGCUGGACAUUCUCUGGGAUCUGCUAUUGCGUUGCUUUCAGGAAAGAAUAUGACCAAGCUAAAUUAUCCUAUUGAAACUUACCUUUUCAAUCCACCAUUCUUUUCCCUCCCCAUAGAAUGUAUUAGUAAUCCAAAGGUGAAGCACGGGAUUCGCAUUGCAAGAAGUGUUGUUAGAGCAGGGAUUGCUGUUGCUGUAAAGGGCCAACACCAUAGUUCUAAAAAAGAUGACUCUUUUUUUGUAUUAUCUGACUGGGUUCCUUACCUAUUUGUUAACCCAACUGAUCAUAUUUGCUCUGAAUAUAUUGGUUAUUUUGAGCAUAGGAAGAAGAUGAAGGAGGUUGGAGCUACAAAGAUUGAGAGACUUGCAACACAAAAUUCUAUAGGGAAUAUGAUCUUUGGUGUGUGUGUGAGGGAUUGCGAACCCUUGCAUCUGCUGCCUUCAGCAUAUCUGACUAUUAAUAUGAGUCAGACUCCGGAUUUUAAACGAGCACACGGAAUUCACCAGUGGUGGGAUCCAAGUUUUGAUGGCCAGUCCGAGCUUCAUUUGUUCAGGUAAUGUAUGAACUUUUCUCCUUUUAGGAUUCCUUGGUGAAGAAUUCUGUUUAAUCACACUGCACAAAUCUGGUGGGAACCUGCUAUGUUCUCUAUGAAUUACUUUGGUUCUCUUAAUUGUAACUAUCUAACCAGCUAGAAGGCCGCCUAAUGAUGUUGAUUGUUCAUCACCAAGGAACUUCUUGUGUUAAUUAAACAUUACCAUUAGUAGUUAUAAUGUAUGGAGAAAAUCAUGAGUGGAGGAACUUUCUAUGGUGUUUUAUAUAUCCUUGUAAUAGAAGA